CGCAUCUGCGAUCCGAGUCUCCGUGUCGCGGGUGACGAGGGCGAGUGGGGGGGGCUUCGCCAGGCGGGCGGAAAAGUGGGCGCGCGACUCGGUUUCGGCAUGAGCCCCCGCGGGACGUGCGGGUUCGAGCGGGCAGGCGCAUCAAGAGGUUAGGUGUCCGUCCCGAGCCGCGACCGAGCGUGAAAGAGUUCGCCGGGUGAUGGCGAGGAAUGUCAGGCGUCGCGACGGCCCGUGAGGACGCCCGUCGUCGUUGUACUCGUCUUGCGCGCGGCAAAGCUGGGCGCCGUCGGCUCGAUGGUUCUCGAGAUCGUCGCGAUGCGCAACCCGGGGUUCCUCAUAGAGGACGCCAGGCAUGGAUACAUUCAGUACAUCAGCCUGAGCGAAUGCUACUUCGCCGGAAAGGGCGCCGCCCUGGUACUUCCGCCGAACGAGAGGGCCCGCCCUUCGAGGAGAGUCUCCGCCGCGGGAUGCGACAUCCAGCAGCAUCUGCAGUCCAUGUUCUACCUCCUAAGGCCGGAGGAGACCCUGAAGAUGGCAGUGAAGCUGGAGUCGGUGCAUCCUGGGAGAACGCGUUACCUAGUCGUGGUGUCCUGUACGGGUCGUCAGGACGCCGAAGAGAGCUGUCUGCUGGGGAUCGACUGCCAUGCCAGGGCGACAGUGGGACUGGUCCUCCGGGUUCUAGCGGACACUGCCAUCACCCUGGACGGCGAUGGAGGCUUCAGCGUCAGCGUCUGCGGCCGUCAGCAUAUUUUUAAGCCAGUCUCCGUUCAAGCGAUGUGGUCGGCGCUGCAGACCUUGCACAAGGUGUCGAGCAAGGCUCGCGAGCACAAUUACUUCCUCGGCGGAUUGUCGCACGAUUGGGUCAGCUACUAUGAGCAGCGCAUCGAGAGCGAUCGCUCCUGCCUCAACGAAUGGCACGCGAUGGACAACCUCGAGUCCAGAAGACCACCUUCGCCCGACAGCGUGCGCAACAAGCCUAGAGAAAGGGACGAGACGGAGCGAGUGAUUCGGUCGACCCUGAAGGAGAUCAUGAUGUCGGUGGACCUCGACGAGGUGACCUCGAAGUACAUCCGAGGACGCCUCGAGGAGGACCUGGACAUGGACCUAGGGGAAUUCAAGCCCUUCAUCGACCAGGAGAUGCUCACCAUCCUGGGGCAAAUGGACGCCCCUACGGAAAUCUUCGACCAUGUUUACCUUGGGAGCGAGUGGAAUGCCAGUAACCUGGAGGAGCUGCAGAAGAACGGGGUGAGGCAUAUCUUGAACGUGACGAGGGAGAUUGACAACUUCUUCCCCGGCAUGUUCAACUACCUGAACGUCCGAGUGUACGACGACGAGAAGACGGACUUGCUGAAGCACUGGGACGACACCUUCAAGUACAUAACGAAGGCGAAGAAGGAGGGCUCGAAGGUCCUGGUCCACUGCAAGAUGGGAGUCUCGAGGUCGGCCUCGGUGGUGAUCGCCUACGCCAUGAAGGCCUACAACUGGGACUUCUCCCAAGCCUGGAAGCACGUAAAGGAGAAGCGCAACUGCAUCAAGCCGAACAACAGCUUCCUGCUGCAGCUGGAGACCUACCAAGGCAUCCUCGAUGCGAUGAAGAACAAGGAGAAGCUGCAGAGGUCCAAGUCGGACACGAAUCUCAAGUCGCCGACCCUGACGAAGGACCGUACGAAAAAGGAGGAGAAGUCGGACGGGCCUGAAAGCAGUCUCCUGGAGGUAUCAGGUGCCGAGCUCAAAAGGAACGGCCAGAGGCCUAAAAGCUGGUCGCCUAAUGCCGAAAUGGCGGAGAACGCUCUGCCCCCUGCCCCACUCUCACAGUCGUUGGAGAGUCUCGACAAGGCUGGAAGUUCCGAAAUCACCCGAGAGGAGUUGCUGCGAGGCUCGAAUCCGACGAAGCAGGGCGGCGAGCAGGAGGCCAGGAACGUGCUGAUGCCCUGCGACAACGGCGAGUCAUACAGCGUGUCCCAGAACCAGAUCGUCCACCUGCCAGGACCCGAUACUCCAAGCGUGAAGCACCGCGUCAGCAAACUGGAGCCCCAGGGUCCUCGAAGAAAGGGCUUGGUGCUGAAUUUAACGAACCAGUUCGAAGCAGCCACCAGCAAGCCCUCGUCCCCAGGAUCGGACACUGACUCGAAACCUCUGCCGUUACCUCAGAGUCCUGUAGCGGGUGAUAAGCCGGUUUCGAACGGGAUAGGGUGUUCCUCCCUGGAGGAGCGGUGUCGAGACGACUCCCAGGGUCAGCGAGCACCGAAGCAGUUGACAGCCGUUUUGUUGAAGCAAGAGGUCUGGGACCCCGGGGACCAGACCUACGAGAAGGAGACCGCGCUGACCGAUAAGCCUGAUACCCUUGACAAUAGUGAAUGUCUAGUCUGGACUGCCUCGGCAGAAGCUAAAUGUACUAACGUGAGACCUAGUGUUAAUAGUACUAACGGUAGUAUCGUAGGGAGCGCCGAGAGUGACUGUAUAGGAGGCGCGUCAAGAUCGUUGACAGCCAGCGGGGCCAUGGCAGCCACGACUGCGAUCGUCACAACGGCGACCGGAACCAUAACAACGGCGACGGGAACCAUAGCAACGGCGACGGGAACCAUAGCAACGGCGACCGGAACCAUAGCAACGGCCACCGGAACCAUAGCAACGGCGACUGGAACUAUAGCAACGACGACCGGGUCCGUUAUGACGAUGACGGCGACAACCGUUUAUCCUGGGACGCUCAACAGGAGGAACAGGAAAGACGGAGACCCUUUUAGCGCUCAGUUAGACAGAGUUUUUGACAGGGAGGAGAGGAGGGGCGAACCUAGUCGGGACUUGCCUAGUCGACAAAGUUCCUGGAGCAGUUACGACAGCGCGGUCGGCCUGGACAACAAUUCAGUUCACAGCUCUUGGGCUACCCUACCUUCGAGGAACAGUUCCUGGGGGUCCUACGACAUGCGACCCACCGAUCCCCUUGGAUCUAGCGGGCUUUUCCCCUAUGACAGGGAGGAGAUACCUUGGCAUCCUGGCACCGUCAAGCGCACCAAGCAGAAGCUGGAAGAAGGCACCACCACUGGAACCGUCAAGAGGGUGUGCACGCAGCUUUCGGAACCUGAAGAGAAAGCGGACAGGCUGAAUGACCAAGACGACGUUCCCGUGGAGGCCUACAAUCAGGUACUACUGCACUAUACGCCAUCGCCGACGCCAUGCAGAAGGGAUCCCUCCCCUGCUACCGAGUGCAUCCCAAAGUCGUCCAGUACAAUCCGAGACCCGUUUGGACCCCCUGAAGGAAUAGAUAUAGCCCCAUCGCAGUCCACUCGACAACUUGGAAGGCUUUCGACCAGUGCACCGGCACCCUCUUCCCUUUCAGAAACGGAUCUACCGGUGUCCCUUCGCAGCUGCCGCUCCGAGAGCGAGACUUCAUCCCCCUGCGUGGUGAACACGCCCCAGUGUCCUUCGGUGAAGCACCAUAAAAUGGUUCUAGAGAACCUGACGAACAAGCCCGUUCUGAACAAACGAUGCCUCUCGGUCGACGACUCUCCAGAGGCCGAGUGCCCUCGAAGCAGCGCGGGGAUAGUCAAGAAUCUGAAGAAGGAGUUCGAGGCCAAGUCGACGAAGCUGGAGAAGAGUCCGGAGUUGGGGAACGAGGCCGAGGUCUCGUCUCCUCCCAGCAGGUCCAGGAAGGACGGGAAGAUCAGGAGUCUGCCCUCCUCGCCGGUGAUAGCUCACAACGAGUCCAAAAUGAACUCCCAACCACUAGGCGACAACGAGGCGAAGGACAAAGACCCUAGGAGGAAGGAAUCCUCGUCGUCGUCCUCGUCUUCGUCCUCGACCGCGUCACUACCCUCGCCUUCCCAGCACCGGCAGGAGAGCGUUGAGGAUCUGUCCGUCAGGGUCCUGGUGGGCAAAUACGAGGUCGCCAAGCCCGAACCUAGAAAGUCCAUCGAAGUUCAGCUUAGACCUCACAGGGACCGAGAUUCCCUGGAGAUUCACCCCCCUGCCAAGUCGAAGAUCGCCCCCGAAUUCGCCAGGAGGUCCGCUCCUGUCGCCAUGGACCAACAUCAUCCCAGCCCUUUGUUCUGCGAGGCCAAUCCUGAAGCUCCGGGAAGGCCACCUGUCCCCUCUCCCAGCGUCGUGGUUGCCAGUGUCGUCGCCAAGGCAGCUAGUAAAAAGCAACAACAACAACACGGGAGAACUCAUCCGUUGACCAGGCUGCAGGUCAGGCCUAGGCACAGCAGUCCCGUUUACAACACCAUGUAACGAUGCCCUGGAUUACGAGUCAAUUGAGAGGUAUCGACUGUACAUUGCCCGAUGUCCGAGUUGGCAUCUUGGCACUGGUCUCUGAAGGGUACCUGUAGGUACCAACGAUGUUGGCCAAGGUGUCUAGGUACAAGUUUAGCGAUGCCAUUAGACCAUUUCUGAGGAUAUGUACUUGGGUAUCUGUAGACGAUACGAUGGAAGCCUGGGAAAUGUCCCAUUUUGGAGCAACGUCAGCCAAAUCGUGCAUGGUACUUGGAACGCGGAUUUAUUCCAGCGAUUGAAGGGAAAAUGCACCUUGAAGAGCAUAUCCUUGGAAGGGUCUCCGGUCUUCGAGUACGUUUCCGCGUCUCUUCGUGUACUUAGAGGUGCGAGGGUACCUAUGGGUACCCAUGGUGUGAGGGAAGAGCCGAGGAACUCGUGUGAUCUCUUUAAUGCCAAUUCAGUCCGAUUUUGGCUGACAGUCAAAGACCGACCUGGAAUAAACUCGGGAUAGUGGGACACGAUCUCUAGAGGGAACAUGGGACAUCUCCAACGCCGACCCGACAAAAGCGUGGAGUCACUCGUAUUCUGCUCAGGGAAUGUAUAAUUUGCUUCCUCGUCGCCGCAACUUCUCCAUUGGAGAGCCUUGAAUGUCGCGUUGUACAUACAUGUAAAAAUUAAACGAAGUCAGUAGUCAAUUUAUAUAGAGAACACGUGUAGUCUGUGUGACGUAUUUGCAAACGCAGGGAGCUUUUUCGCGUUACUUCGUUACUUCGACCCCGAGAAAGAAAAAAGUACCACCUUUGACGCCAUGAUCCAGAAAUUGACCCGAUUUGCAGAAGUACUUAAACAGUCUUCGAUCUGCGUUCUCUCGCGAGGAUUGAUAAAAGAGACGCUCCCCAAUUUUCCACGAUAGUGCUCCGAUUUGUAAUCCCGUAGCGCGUUCAUUGCUCAGCUAUCAAUACUCAAUUCGAUAGAUGUCCUAAUCCUGAUCCAGAGGUCGUGGAUCUCUCGUCGGAUCCUUGGCUCGGUGUCGUCCCCGCUUAGGAUGUUAGCAAUAAAGAAAAAAAAAAUAAAAAGAUAGGUCGUCGUUGAAAUGAAAAGGCGCAUCGUUCGACGAGGACCGAUGUUCCUAAGUCAUCUCGUCAUAAUUUAGUGGGCUCGGAAUCAAAGAUCCUCCAACCUGGGGAGGCCUCCUCGCGAGCGAGCGGAGGACGAGGCGUCGACUUCGAUAAAGUCAAACGAAAUAUUAUUAAAAUGGGAAAAAGAAUUAAAAAUGUAUUAUUAGACCGCAAGAGGGAGGAGAGUGGAGUCGCGUGCGUGGAGCUACCGCAAGAAACGAAGGUGACGAAAGUCAAGAGUCUCUUAUUUUCUUUUUUUUUCUCGGGUCUUCCGAGCGAACCCGGGAGCGAGCGCUCAGUUCGGCUGUGAAUGUAACAUCUGAGCCUCGUCGUGUAUCUUUUUUCCCGCCUUCUUUUUUCCCACUUAUCACGUCCGGUCUCUCUCUUAUCUCUCCCCUUAUCGUCCUCCUUUCUUCGACUGAAAGGAGACGUUGACUUUAAUGUGCAAGAGACGAUACUCUGCGAACCCAUCGGACGGAGCUAGGGACUCUGAAACGGAAUCGUAUUGUGUAAAAAGGACUAUUUAGUAACUUAUAAUGACGCAUGUGAUUAGAGUGCCGCGAGCUCCUUGAAAUCGUCGUCGAGGCUGAUUUUAAGGGAAGCGAGCCCGGUUUUUAUCAUUUUUUUUUUGUUUUCAUCUUUUUUUGCAAGAGAGAGAAAGGUGAGGGUCUAGGUGCGCUGAUAGGGUUGCGAAUCAUUUGUCCGGGUGAUGAUCUUUGAGUGAACGUUGUACCGAGGAUAAGGAUGUUAUCGGCGUUUAGGGAUCCCCAAGUCGGCGACCUUUUUCCAUGUACUUGCCCUCCUGUAAAGUGGAAUUUCCAUUCAGAAGCCUUUGCUGCGAAUUAUUCAUGAUUUUCAACUACGAUAGCGAGGUAGCAUGCAUAUCAAAUUGUCCAAGAAUGGUCUUUACGUCGCUCCUCGGAACUCCUCAAUUUUAGUCCGUUUUUAAAGUAUAUAAAAUCUUGCGGUGUAUCAAGUAUAUAAUUACCCAAAUGUUUAUCGGGAUUUUUGAAAAAAGGAAAGCCUGAGAGUGUCCAGAUAAUGUUCGUCGACUCGGUAUCUCUACACGCCUAAUUAUUAUCGUACUCUUUAUACACUUCUAUUACCAAUUAAUCGUCGCGUAUCGCGUGAUCCCCAUCCAGGAUUCAGUCGAGUAUUGCGAAAUCGCUCCUCGACGAAGGCCGAUUCGUACGAAGUAUUCUCGCAUGACUCUCUAAUGCCAAAAGUACAAUUGAACCGAGGGUGCGAGACGAGCACUGGUCAAACAAUAAACGAAAAUAAGCGAAGAAGCAAAUCAACGAGAGAGGAAGGAAACGGAAGGAAAUCAAUUAAACUAGGUAACGAUAAGCCUCCAAUGUUCGUGUCUCAUAGAUAUUUUUUCAAACAUAUCGAGGGUUUGUUGUCACGUCCAGCAGAGUCCGAGGAGAGAUCGGGAGAUGGAGAGAAAAAAAUCGGCUAUGUCGCUUUUCCGCGUCCCAGACCAAUUUUCUACUAUCCCAUGAUGAGAGCUCGCCAUGGAGUGCGACUUCCCAUAGACCUCACCACGAUGACUAUAUUUUAUUACCGCAUGACUUCUCAGACCAAAUAGGGACGUCGGUUAUGCGUGUAGAAAUCGAGCGAGCGAAUGGAAGGGACGAAAGGUGAACGAUAGCGGACUAUCCGUAGACUUUACAAAGGGAUAGAAAAAUCUAGAUUCCUCAUACAUAGUCGGGACUAACGAGACCUCCUAUCUUCGGAUGGUGGGAACGAUCCAGGCACGCGAAAGUUUGGCUGUUACUAUGAUUUUCCAUCAUUUCUCUGCCCGGAAUCCCCAAUUUGGUCCUGUCUUUACCGAAAACACCCGAGUCGGUGGCGAACCGACGAGCUUAGUUAACUAGCGGUCGAGUAAGUUUGUAUUAUCACGAAUCGAUGUGCUCAUUUUUAGUACUCUUUCCUGACCCUCGAGAAUGUCCCCGCUUGAGUGUGCGUUUAAAGCAAGACGAGAAGCUACUAUGUCGCAAAACAAGUGGAAAGCCGUGCGUUGUUCUGUAUAAAUUUUGUACCAUAGUUUGUAUUAAAUAAAAUACUUGUUUAUUGCUUGA